CCAACCACCCACUCCCCCAAAACCCCACUCCUCCGGCGAGCAAGCUCCGAGCUCCGGCAAGAUGCAGAUCUUCGUGAAGACGCUGACGGGGAAGACGGUGACGCUCGAGGUCGAGAGCAGCGACACCGUCGCUAACGUCAAGGCCAAGAUCCAGGACAAGGAAGGCAUCCCGCCGGACCAGCAGCGCCUCAUCUUCGCCGGGAAGCAGCUGGAGGACGAGCGCACCCUGGCCGACUACAGCAUCCAGAAGGAGUCGACGCUGCACCUGGUGCUCCGCCUCCGCGGUGGCGGCAAGGGCGGUUGCUACCCCCCGAAGGUGGAUCCCAACCUCCUCCAGCUCGCGCUCAAGUACCGUCAGCACAAGAUGAUCUGCCGCGAGUGCUACGCACGCAAUUCCAUCAGGGCCAUGAACUGCUGCAAGAAGAAGUGUGGCCACAGCAACGAGCUGAGGCUAAAGAAGAAGCUGGCUUACAAGAAGACCUGACUAAAGCAGCAUCGGAAAGCAAUGGUGAAUCCAAAGUGUCGUGCAUCAGUUGAAUCGACUGUCUUAAUUAGCUUCUUAUUACCAGUGUUAUCCUGCGUCCAUGUUAGGGUCGUCAAAAUUUAAGCUCAGUCCUAGUUUAAAGUUCUAAAUACUUAUCUGUUGCAGAGCAGUGUCAUGCAGCUUAAGAAACUGCUAGUUUAACG